CCCCGCCUCUAGCUGCUCGGUUUUCCGGUGUAGCUGCCGCAGCUGACGUCGGUCCGGUUCUGAGGUCCGUCUCCGAUCGGCUGCAAGCUCCAGUACCACAAGAUGAUGGAACCAGUGUGACCGGACUUAGGCGGGCUCCUUCAGACCCAGGCGGACUCCUUCAGACCCAGGCGGACUCCUUCAGACCCAGGCGGACUCCUUCAGACCCAGGCGGGCUCCUUCAGACCCAGGCGGACUCCUUCAGACCCAGGUGGGCUCCUUCAGAUCCAGGCGGACUCCUUCAGACCAUCUCAGACAUGGAAAAGUUUGGGAUGAGUUUCGUGGGUGGUCCCAACAGGAAGGAGCUUCUGGACACCAUAGAGUCCCAGAAGAAGCAGCUGGUUCAGUACCAGACCCGCUUUAAGGAUGUAGUCCGGGCCUACAAGAGCCUCCUGAAGGAGAAGGAGGCCCUAGAGGCCAGCCUGAAGGUCCUGACUGUGACCCAGGACAUGGACCUGAACCGGCAGAUGCAGGACGCCACCGGAGGCGCGGACCUGCUGGAGGACGGCUGCUCGCUGCACAGCGAGAACAGCGAGGACACGACGGCGUCUGUGGACGCGGCCAGCGAUACCACGAGGGGGGUGCGGAACGAGGAGGACCAAGGAGAACCGGGUCAGAGGUCCAGCUCCACAGCUGACAGCAGCAGCGGCGUGGAGGAGGGGAACCAACAGGCUCCGCCCCCGACCAGUAUAGAAGCAGACCGCCGCCUGGUCCAACUGAAGAGCCAACUGAGCACGCUCACUGCGUCCCUGGCCACCGUGACCCAGGAGAAGUCCUGGAUGGAGGCGAGUUUCCAGGCUGACAAGCGUCAGGUGAAGCAGGAAGUGGAGGAGCUGCAGGAGCGCCUGGUUGCCGUGACGACGCAGCAGGAGGCGGAGCUGUGCUCCCUGCAGCAGCAGCUGGCGGAGAGCCGCGCUCGCAUCAUCACGCAGCAGCACGAGCGCGAGCAGGAGCAGGGAGACCACGGCCAGCAGCUCCGGGAGCUGCAGAGGCUCCUGCAGCAGGAGCGAGACCUGCGGCAGGACGCCGAGCUGCGCCUCCACGACGCCAGCGACGCCCUCCUCGCCUCCUCACAGGCCCUAGACCGGGGGGCAGAGUUUGAGACUCACCUGAACCAGGUGAGGGAGGAGAGGGACGAGCUGCGGAGGAGGCUGCAGGUCCUCCAGGAGGAGCAGCAGAAACCAGAUCCCAGAAUGGAGGAGCUGCAGAGAGAGCUGCAGGAGCUCAAGACCUCCUUCCAGCAGCAGAUCCACACGGAGAGCAAGAAGGUGUGCGAGGCGGAGGACCGGACCCGUGAGCGGGCCCAGGCUGCGGAGCUGAGGGUGGCCGGUUUGGAGCAGCGGGUCUCGGAGCUGUCGGACCUGCUGGGCUCCUGCGAGAAGGCCCGGCAGCGGGACCAGCAGAUGGCUCAAAGACUCAGGGACCGGGUCCUGCAGCUGGACCUGGAGAACAAGACUCUGGCCAUGGCCGCCUCCAGCAGGUCUGGCGCCGACCUCGGCCCCGAAGAGGCGCAGCUGAACGUGGCGGCGCUGAAGGAGAAGCUGCGGACUGUGAAGAAGCUGCUGCUGGCGGCUCAGAGGAACCCGGGUCAGAACAUCCAGGACCCGGCCGACUCCGAGGAGGACCCGACCCGAACCUCUGCGCUGGUCCACCAGCAGGAGCUGCAGCAGCUGAAGGACGAGUUCGAGCGCUACAAGCUGCGCGCCCAGGUGGUCCUGAAGAACAAGAACGUCAAAGAUGGCUGCCAGGCCAAGGAGCUGGAGGAGGUCCGGGACCAGCUGUCCGAGCUGCGCGAGAAGUACAUCGACCUGCGGGUGCAGAGCGACGAGGCCGAGCAGCAGCACCGCCGGCAGCUGGAGGAGCGGCAGCAGCAGGGGGCGGCGCUGCAGCACGCCCACAGACAGGAGCUGGAGCGGGCGGAGGCGCAGCACCGCGACCAGCUGCUGCGGCUGGAGGCGGAGCUUCACAAGCAGCGCGAGCGGACCAUGAAGCUGUUGGACGAGAAGGACCAGGAGCUGGAGAGGCUGAGGAGCGUCGCGUUCAGCCGUGCCGCCGCCACCGAGGCCGACGGCGCGCAGGAGGUCGUCUCUGACUGCGAGGGCGAUGUCAUCAGCCAGGCUCUGCGACAGGCCACGCCCACAGAGUCCUCACUGCUGCUGUACGCCGAGCAGCUCGCCCGCAAGGAGGUGGAGGUGGGCAGCCUGCGGCGCCACAAGAACCGGCUGGAGGUGGACCUCCACCAGCUGCAGGCCAAGCUCAUCGCCAACGCCGAGCGGCACGAGGAGGAGACCGCCGAGCUACAGGGCCGCCUGGACAAACUGAUCCGGGACCAGAGCCGUGAAGGCGCCAACAUGGAGUACCUGAAGAACGUGGUCUACAGGUUCCUGACGCUGCAGGACUCCAGUGGGCGGCGCCAGACGCUCAACGCCAUCGUCACCAUCCUGCACUUCAGCCCGCAGGAGAAACAGGAAGUGACGAGGCUUCAGGGGCCCGCCUGGUGGGGCCCCGUGCGCAGGUGAAACAGGAAG